AUGUCUGAUUGGGAUACAGUGACUAUUCUUCGAAAGAAACCACCAAAGGCAUCGGCACUAAAGACAGAACAAGCCGUUAAUGCUGCACGUCGUCAAGGUUUACCAGUGGACACUCAACAAAAAUACGGUGCGGGGACUAAUAAACAACAUGUUACAACAAAAAACACUGCAAAACUCGAUAGAGAAACAGAAGAGCUUAGACAUGAAAAAGUACCACUUGAUUUAGGAAAGCUUAUAAUGCAAGGACGACAAGCUAAAGGCAUGAGUCAAAAAGAUUUGGCCACAAAAAUAUGUGAAAAACCACAGAUCGUAAAUGACUACGAGGCCGGUCGUGGCAUACCAAACAAUAUCGUUCUUGGUAAAAUAGAAAGGGCGAUUGGAAUAAAACUAAGAGGAAAAGAUCGCGGCCAACCGCUACAGCCUCCUGGUGGAAAAAAAGAAUAG